UCGGCGGCGGUGGGUUAAAGUUGAGAGGGAGAGUGCAGUGCGCCGCCAUGGCGUCCGUCGUAGCUUGCGGGCGAGUUUCUCAGCUGCUUAGAGCUGUGACCGCGAAGUGCGGUGGUUGCAGCCUGCGGGAAUAUGCCCCCCGGCCUCUGCACCGCGCCCUUCGCUCGGACGAAGCAGGGCGAUGUGUUGGCACGGGGAGGCGCGCGUACGGCUCAGACUCGAAGAAGUUCACGGACGAGCUGAGCGUGAGAUACCUGGACGGGUCCGACUCAGGUAUUGUGGUGUUUGCAAUGAAUCGACCAAAGGCAAAGAAUGCUAUCGGCAAAAACCUGUUGACAAUAAUAUCCGAAGCCUUGGAUGCAGUGAAAGUGAACAAUAAAGUACGGACUGUCAUAGUCUGCAGUUUAGUGCCUGGAGUGUUUUGUGCAGGUGCAGACCUUAAAGAGAGGGCAAAAAUGGACCAGAGUGAAGUCGGCCCCUUUGUUUCGAAAGUCAGAGCGUUGACCACCGAGUUGGGUAACCUUCCUAUCCCAACGAUUGCUGCCAUUGACGGGGCGGCGCUUGGAGGCGGUUUGGAGAUGGCCUUGGCCUGUGAUGUCAGAGUUGCAGCAACUUCAGCAAAAAUGGGAUUGGUUGAAGCAAAGCUGGCCAUUAUUCCUGGGUCAGGAGGGACACAGCGUCUGCCGCGGGCCAUAGGGGUGUCCAUGGCCAAGGAGCUCAUCUUCGCGGGUCGGGUGGUGGACGGGGCGCAGGCAAAGGAGCUGGGCCUGGUGAACCACGUCGUGGAGCAGAACAACAGCGGAGAUGCGGCCUACCGCCGAGCCCUGGACCUCGCUCGGGAGUUCCUACCCCAGGGACCCAUUGCAAUAAGAAUGGCAAAACUUGCCAUCAACCAAGGGAUUGAGGUGGAUUUGGCAACAGGUUUGGCUAUUGAAGAAGCCUGCUACGCUCAGGUGAUAACAACAAAAGACAGAAUCGAAGGCCUCACAGCCUUCAAGGAAAAGAGACCCCCGCGCUAUAAGGGGGAGUAAUUAGCCUGGCCAGUUCAAAAGAAGAAGCCACUGCCUUCGCUUUCAUUUGCACGUCUUUGUGUCUGAUAUAAUAUCCGUUCGUCCCCCGUACUCUACGCAUGUGACACGCGCCUUAUGUCUGAAUGUACGUCUGAGUAUCCGUCGUCUCGCUGCUUUCCUAGAGGAGUUGGGACGUGCUUUAAAGACCACGGGAACUUGUGGUGCAAAUUGCUGGUGAACCACUAGAAUGGCUCUUUGUUUCAUUUCGCUUCUCCUUCCUGUUGGAUUGUGCUGCGUUACGAGUCACCGUUAUCUACGUAUAUCCUGUACUGUCCACCUCCAGCUACCCUUUUCGGGUCCUGUUGUCCUGCAUUAUGUAGAUACUGUUGUCUGGGCUUUUUUUUUUUUUUUUUUUUUAAUUAUUUAAAAAAAAAAAUUUCUCAUCACUUCAGCAUUCUGAUCAAAUGUGUUUAUCUAAAAUACAGGGGUUGUGAAUGUGAACGCCUCCAUUUCGAAGUAGGAUGGACUGACUGACACAGAACUCCUGUGUGGUCCUCUCUUCUACUGAAAACGAUUGCAGUCUGACUGUCGUGCUGAUCAGUUUAUUGUGGGAACCUCUUUAUGGCAUUACAGGCACAACCGUUAUGACCCAGAGGAUGGCUUUUGAAGAAAAAGCAAAAUUUUGAAGGCUUAAGAAGGAAAUUGUCCUUUAUUUUAAUAAGAUCUUGGACGUGUAACAAUAAAGGGAUUGUUCUAGUCUCGCUGCUGUUUAUUCCUAGUGCUGAGCUACACAAAUACACUAACAGUCAAAAACGAGCAAAAUACAUUUCAGUGGUAAAAAUGCUAUUAGUCUGUCAAAAAGUUGAUACAUAACUGACUACUGUUUGUGUAAUUUCAAAAUGUGAUGUACAAUAGGUGUUUGAAGAGAUUGCUGGCUAUUCAGUAAAGGUAAGCUUUCAUUUUUCCCUUCUCAUCAUCUGUUGACCUUUUUUUUUUUUUUUUCGCUCUCUGUAGCUUCCAGAGUAAACCACCGUGUAUAAAACUAUUACCAGCAGUAAGUUUUGGGGUUUCUCCUGCAAUCCUGGAAGAACGCUUAAUGGAAUGAUUGUAAAAUGUAAAAAUAAAAUUCACAGUC